AACAUCUUGAGCUUCAGCCCUUGAGGGUAGUUACCCCCCUUCCCUUUCGAUUGUGCCCAUCGCGUAAGACGUGCCAGUUCCGGUAUAUUUUUAUUGGAUUUGCGGCACAGAUCGCCUCCGCUUCCAAUUCCUCGCCUCAGCCGCCUUCGUCGCUCUGACGCCUCCAAUUGUUCAUCACGGUUGACUCGACCCACGUCUGCUUGGCGAUCGAGCAUCAAACCGCCCCGUCACUCAUACCGCCUGCCAUGCCCACGCCCUCUUCUAACAGGCCCGAUCCGCCGUCACCGCGCUUCUAUUCAUUCUCGUCAUGUCCCGACCCUGAAGAGGAGCAACAUCAUCCUUUACAGCCCGCCUCCGAGAGCAGCCCGACUUCCCCAAACCCGCAAUCACCGUCGAGCUGGCGUCCCCAUUCCCCCUCUGCGUAUCCCACCGACGACGGGGCGCGUCCAGAUACAGCUGCAAGCGGUGACUCGCGAUCGGUUACGAUGUCGCCGGGACCGCAGCCUGACGGCGACGGCCGCGACGUGCAUAUAGGCCACGUACCACAGAGGACGGCUGUGGCGCGAGACGGCGCGAUAGCAGAAGAGAGGCAGAAACCAACUGAUGUGGACGAGGAGAUGAGCCCCGCGGCCGACGAGCUACCGAGCGGGGGCGCCGUCGGUGGGAACGGCAGCAUGGCGAGUGGGAGCCGAGAGGGAACGAGAACAACGGUUUGCGAACCCCCGGGCGACACGAAAUCAAGAGCGGAGCAACUAUCGCCAAUCCCCGGGGAAACACAGGAGGAAGCCGAUGUGUGGGGCCCUCUCGACAAGGGGCCGCGUUGGGUGGAGGACAGCGGCCUCAUGGGCAUGGGCCUGGAGUACUCGCACAUGAGAAUCAUCACACCAGCCCCGUCGUUAUAUCUCCAGCCCGGUAGCCGGUUUGUCGGGACACAACAGUCCAAGCGGCAGCGGUAUGAGGUCGAGGUCGAGAUCAAGCACGUGGACAUGCGCGAGUCGUUCAUGUGCGGGCACCUGACGAUCCAAGGCCUGGCCGACGACCACCCGACCCUGACGACCUACUUCGAGGGGGAGAUCAUCGGCAGCAAAUACGGCUUUGUCACCCAACAUCAGGAGUGGGGCGCCAGCGAGAAAAUCGACUUUUCGCACUGGAGCAAGUUCACCGCGUUUCGGCCGUACCAAAAGCAGAUGCGCAAGGGCACGCAGACGGCGAUCAAGGACGUGGACCAGAAGGAGAACAUAUUCAUGAGGUGGAAGGAGCACUUUCUCGUACCCGACCACCGGAUCCGGACCAUCAGGAACGCAAGUUUUGAGGGGUUCUACUACGUCUGCUUCAACCAAGCGAAGGGGGAGAUAAGUGGUAUCUACUUUCACCGUAAAAGCGAGAACUUUCAACAGCUAGAGCUCAAAUAUGUGGAAAAUAGGGGGUGUUUUGGCGCCGUGGAGUUUCGGUAGACACAACGGUCGGCUACGGCGGAGGGUCUUGGAUUGCUGGGCAUACACGCACUCGGGGGAUAAAGGGGUCCCCGUUGUUUUGGGUUUGGGUGGAUAUAGCGUUGCAUAUUAACUGUUGCUUAACAGCUAUGAG